AUGGACAUUCAUUCCGGUUCAUCCAUGACUAUCAUUGAUUGCCGUGUCUGGCUCCCGUUUCCUAUCUCCCCGUGUUCCGAGGCCACAAUCGACGUCACCGACAAGAGUAUGUUGCCGUGA